AUGAAUUGUGGCGGAGAUAGAAAUAUAUCAAAAGAAGUGUGUUUAGAAGUAAUUAAUGAUUAUAGAAUGGUAUCACUCUGGGAAGAAAUGCAUAAAGGUCAUAUAGGAAGAGAUGCAACCUAUGGGAACUACAAGACUAAAUAUUAUAAUAUGGGAUUGUAUUCUUUUGUAUCUGAUGCAGUAGAUACGUGUGACAUUUGCCAACGAAAUAGAAUAAAAGUAUGGCACUGCGAUAAUGGACGUGAAUUUAAAAACAAAGUCCAAAAAGAAUUCCUAAAACUUUUUCCAGGCUCCAAGUCAGCACAUGGAGCUCCUCGUACACCAACAACUCAAGGUAUGGUAGAAAGAUUGAAUCGAACUAUCAAGGAGAGGAUCUCAAAAUUAAAACAACAAGAUUUUCUUGAUGGUACUUCUAGGUCUCUUUCUGAACUAUUAAAACAAGCUUUGUAUGAUUACAAUAAUACAAAAACAAGAACAAUUAAAAUGACACCAUCUCAAGCUGUUGGUAUUGUUCCUUUGUUUAUUAAUGUUCAAUCAGAACAAGACUCUCAAUCAAUUGGUGUUUCAGAUGUUUCAAAAGAAGAAAGAACAGCUAUUAUUCUUGAAAAUCUCACAAGUUACCAAAAUCAAUGGAAUUCAAAACCACCAAAGGGAUUGAAAGUUGGUGAUACUGUACUCUUUCUAGAAAUUAAAAAAAAUAAUGUAAGUAAUUAA